AUGAUCGACGUCGAAGGUAAGAGGUCGUUCACCUCUCAGAGCAUCAAGGACGAGGACGGCAAGGUCCUUCGGGACCCCACGUUUAUUCGCCAACGGUGGGCACGGUGGUUCCACAAGCUUCUCAACACCAAGUCGACGACCAUCGACCUGCAUGCGGCUGACAAGGUCAAGCGGUGGCCCACGUGCGUGCCACUCGACGACAUCCCAUCUCUACUUGAGGUUGAGGAAGCGGUACGGGAAAUAGCCAGCAGAAAGGCCGUCGGGCCGGACGACCUACCGGCUGAGCUGAUCAAGCUUUUCCUGGACGGAGAUCAAGGUCUCCUCCGCGAGUUCCACGCCAUUGUCGUGGACGUGUGGCAGACUGGGGACGUACCACAGCAGUGGAAGGAUGCCACCAUCAAAGUGCUGUUCAAGAAGGGGGACACGAUGGAGUGCGGCAACUACCGGGGCAUCUCGCUCGUCGCACACGCCGGCAAGGUGCUGCUUAAGGUCGUCGCUACACGACUGAGCCACUACUGCGAGCGAGAGGGCAUCCUCCCGGAGGAGCAGAGCGGUUUCCGCCCACACCGGUCGACGCUCGACAUGCUUACUGCGGUGUUCGCGUGCUUCGUCGACCUCACCAAGGCAUACGAUUCGGUGGACCGAGACCUACUGUGGGACGUGCUCCGACGCUUCGGCGUGCCCCCGAAGAUGCUGGCGGUCAUUCGCCACUUCCACGAGGGCAUGAGGGCGCGCGUCCGAACGGACGACGGGCAGUACUCGGAAUGGUUCGACGUGGGCCAAGGCCUCCGACAGGGAUGCAACCUGGCCCCGCUGCUGUUCAACUUGUCUUUUGCCGCGAUGCUCAUGGUCGCCGUGGCCGAGUUCGACAAGGACCCCAANUCUCCAGGAUUCGGGGAAGGGGGCCCACACAUAGUAGCCUUUUUCAGGAAUACGCAUGAUCCUGUCUACGUACCCCCCCCGUGCCCCCGUGCUGCUAGCAGAUCUACCAUGCUCGUAUCCAGACACACGAACACCCUCCCCGGUUCGUCAAGCUGUUGA